AUGGCUUCUCCUUCAUCUUCUCCUCUUCUUCUUAUCUUAGCCGUCGUUUCCUUCGUCUCUCUAAUCUCACCGGCGAUUUCACAAAGCUGCUCUACUCCGAAUGUACAAUUCGCCGGAAAAACUCCGUUCGAGAAUUGCCUGGCACUUCCACAUCUCGAUUCCUUCCUCCACUACACUUACAACGCCUCCAAUUCGUCUCUCCACGUCGCUUUCGUCGCCACUCCAUCUCAAGCCAGCGGUUGGGUCGCUUGGGCUAUCAAUCCGACGGGGACUAACAUGAGCGGUUCUCAGGCGUUCCUCGCCUACAGAUCUGGAGCCGGUGUGGCUCCCGUCGUGAAGACGUACAACAUCAGUGAGUACAGUCUCAUGGAAGGGAGACUCGACUUCGAGUACUGGGAUCUAAGAGCCGAUUACCUGAACGGUGAGAUCGCGAUUCACACGUCGGUUAAGGUUCCGCCGGGAGCCAAAAGUGUGAAUCAGGUGUGGCAGCUCGGCGGGAAUGUGACCAACGGUCUUCCGGGAGUGCAUCCAUUCAUGCCGGCGAAUUUGAAGUCCAAAGGCGUGCUGAGUCUCACCGGCAACGCUACGAGCCCUGCUCCGGGAGCCUCUCCGGCGCCGACUACUCCGGGACAGGCGGGAAGGCCGGGGAACGCAGGGUCGAUGACGACGAGCGUAAAUUUCGGGGUCAAUUUGGGAAUUUUGGUUUUGUUGGGUAGUGUACUUGUUUUCUGA